AUGGCUUCAUCGCAAGAAAUCUUAGAAAUAAUACCCAAGUUCACCGGAGGACUGAGUUUCAUAUUCAGUCUUUCAACUGCAACAUACAUCAUAUUCUUCAGUGAAGAUGCAAAGAGGGGGUUCUACAACAGACUGGUGGUUGGGAUGUGCUUCGCAGAUAUGUUGAGCAGUUUGGCAUUCUUCUUCAGCACAUGGCCCAUGCCAACCGAUUCAGACGCAAUAUUCGCUGCUGGAAAUGAAGCGACGUGCCGUAUACAAGGUUUCUUCACACAGUACAGCAUUGCCUCCCAACUAUACGUUGCUUCGAUUGGGGCAUUCUACAUAUUGGCGAUCAAAUAUGGAUGGAAAGAGAGGCAUUUUGCAAAAUGGGGUCCUCUUUUUCAUUUCGUACCGGUCGGAUUCGGACUCGGAUCGUCCAUUACCGUGACAGCACUGGAUAUCAUUGGGCCAGCAAACCUUUGGUGUUGGAUCGCACCUCAAGCGGACAGACCAGAGCUUGAUGUAAACCCGUAUCGAAUGGCUCUGUUCUACGCACCGCUAUGGGCGGCUAUGGUCUUUGUUGGAGUCAACUUGUUCUUUGUCUUUCUCUACGUCCACAGAGUGACAAAAGUAGCUGAAGGGCAUGUUGCCAAAUGGAUGCCUGAACAGUCAAAGACAGCUAGGGUUAUUGCCGAAGAUGCUGAAUCAAAUGACGAAGAAGAAGAAAUAUAUUGUGGGCAAGUCGUCAGCAGCGAUAGCUCAUCCGGAGAAGAAAACGAGAACAACGAACCACUCGACGACAGUGGAAGCACGUCGUCUUCUGAGGACGCAGGACCAGAUCAUGGUAGAGUGUCCACCAUUGUUCGAAACAAACAAGAAGAGCAAAUCAAAAUGUACGCAAGGAGGCGUCGCGAAAUCGCAUAUCAGUGCUUACGAUUUGCCUUGGCGUUCUACAUCACCUGGAUGCCACUAUCAUGGGUACGGAUACUGCAACUUUUGGGAAGACCAAUUCCAUAUGGUUUGCUUGUCUUCUCAGCGAUAAUGUCGCCACUGCAAGGUCUUCCGAAUCUGCUCGCAUUUUUGUACCCGAUGAUUAGAAAGAAGUUUAAGUUUCGAAAGCAAGCGCGGAAGUACGCCGAACAGAACAAGGAAGAUCAACAGAAGCCAAAAGAUGCCGUGGAACAGAUUGAACCUUCAGCUGCCAUUGCGCCUAGCCAGCAGCCGCCAGCAACCUACAGGAAGAUCCGUGGCAUUCACGGAACUUCAGCUUGGGGCCUCAGUAUGCAGCACACAUAUGACCUGCACCCGGAAGACUAUGCUCUUUCUUCCGAUAUCAAAAGUGAGGAGCAGAAUGAGAUCUAUACGCAUCCAGAAAUGUACUUUAUGAGAAAAUAG